AUGGUUAAAGAAACAACCGUCAUUAGACCCACAAGGGCUCAAGCGCCCUUCAUGACUCUUGAGGAAGAACGGGGCUUUAUCUCGACCUUUAAUGAAGAAAACGAAGCCGAUACCUCGGCGGAAGAACCCUUUGUUCAACACUUCUCCACUGUCCUCUGCAAUUUUUUCGUCGCUCUGGACCUAACCAUUAUCGGCACCGCCGUCUCCCCCAUCACCAAUUGCUUCCACUCUCUCGGCGACGUCGUCUGGUACAGGUCCGCAUUCUACCCGGUCAUUGCCGCUAUUCGGCCUGUCUGGGGCGAAGCCUUCAAGUUUUUCGACCUGAAGUACGCGUAUCUACGCGCCGUCUUCAUCUUCGAGCUCGCCAGCCUUGUAUGCGCUGUCACACCGUCAUCUCCCGUCUUGAUUGUCGGCUGCGCUGUUGCGAGGGUCGGCGGCGCAGGACUCGCAAGCGUCUACAUUAACCUGCCCAUCGGCGUCGGCGUCGCUACCUUUGCUAUCCUCCUAGGCUUCCAUACGCCUCGCGCCGCAAGACCACAAGCUCCUCCUUUAAAAGAGAAAGUCCUCCACGUGGACAUCCCUGGGGUCCUGACUGUUGUUGGCACAGUGACAUGCUACCUCCUCGCGCUGCAAUGGGACGGGAUGACGACACCAUGA